AGAUUAUCAAUUUCAACCGGAUCAAUUUUUAAACGUUGAUAUUCAGAGUUCAUUUAGAAACAAUAAAAAUUUAAAAAAUGGCUUAUGAUCCAAGUACAUCGUCUAAUGUUAAGGAAGUUCAAACAACUCAUCUUGAAUUAAACUUAAAAGUUGAUUUUGAACAUAAAAUUCUUGAUGGAACUGUUACAUUAAGCCUUGUUGCUUUAGCUGAUAAUAUUAACAAAGUUAUUCUUGACACAAGAAAUCUCGAGGUUAAGUCAGUUUCGCAAGAUGGAAAAGAGCUAAAAUUUAACUUUGGUGAUAAAACUGACUGUUUUGGAACAAGCUUGUUCAUUGACCUCGGUGACCAACAUUUAACCACUGGUACCAAAAUUGAUUUGAAGAUAGCCUACAAUACUAUGAAACAAAGUACUGCGGUCCAAUGGUUAGAACCAAGCCAAACUGUUGGAAAGAAAUAUCCUUACCUCUUUACACAAUGUCAAGCAAUUCAUGCACGAUCUCUUUUGCCAUGUCAAGAUUCUCCAUGCAUCAAAUUAACUUACAGUGCCAACAUUCAAGUUUCUCGCCCUCUUAGAGCCUUAAUGAGUGCUAUUGGAAUUGGAGAGGAGGAUAUUGGUGAUGAUAGCAAAGUUUACAAGUUUGAGCAGAAAGUCAAAGUUCCCUCUUAUUUAAUUGCUUUGGCAGUUGGAAAUCUGAAAGGAAAAGAGAUUGGUCCUAGAUCAACUGUGUGGACUGAACCAGAAGUUUUAGAAGAUGCUGCAUGGGAAUUUGAAGCUACCGAAAAAUUUAUUGCUACUGGAGAACAACUUUUGACUCCUUACGAAUGGGGAAAGUAUGAUUUAUUGGUUCUUCCUGCUUCAUUCCCUUAUGGCGGUAUGGAAAAUCCUUGUUUAACAUUUGUUACGCCUACUUUAUUAGCCAAAGACAGAUCUCUUGUAGAUGUAGUUGCACAUGAAAUUUCUCAUAGUUGGAUGGGAAAUCUUGUUACAACAGCAAAUUGGGAACAUUUUUGGCUUAAUGAAGGAUGGACCGUGUUUAUUGAAAGAAAGAUUAUGGGUCGCUUGCAUGGAGAAAAACAGAGCGAAUUUGAUGCAAUUAUUGGAUGGCGUGCAUUAGAAGAAGAUAUUAAACUUUUUGGUGAAGACAAUCCCCUUACUGCUCUACAACCUGUAUUGAAAGAUGUAGAUCCCGACGAUUGUUUUUCUUCUGUUCCAUAUGAGAAAGGAUUUAAUUUUUUAUAUCAUAUUCAGAAAGUAGUAGGCGGACCUGAAUUUUUUGAACCUUACAUGAAAGCUCAUGUUAAAGAAUUCGCUGGUAAAUCUAUUACUACUGAUGAAUGGAAAAAUUUCUUAUAUUCAUUCAUGGAAAAAAACUUUGGAUCCGAAAAAAAGGUUGCAUUAGAUACAAUUGAUUGGAAAGGCUGGUUAAAUUCUCCUGGAAUGCCGCCAGUUAAAAAUGAAUUUGAUCAAACACUUGCAAAAGCAUGUAAUGAAUUGGCUAAAAGAUGGAAUUCAGCAAACAGCAAAGGUCAAUUUGAAGAAUUCUCAACAUCAGACAUAGAGAAUUUUACUUCCGAACAAAAGAUCGUAUUCUUAGAACGAAUAUUGGAGUAUCAGCCAUUGUCUCAUCCAGCAAUUAUUGCAAUGGAUAAAGUUUACAAGUUUACUACAGUUCAUAAUUCCGAGCUUCGUUUUAGGUGGCAAAAAAUCUGUUUAUUAGCAGAAUAUGAGCCCAUAUUUCCUCAUGUUGUUAAAUUUGUAACUGAACAAGGAAGAAUGAAAUUUGUUAGGCCUUUAUAUAGGUUGUUGAAUAAUACCAAAAAUGGCUCUAGUUUAGCAAAGAAAACUUUUAUUGAAAAUAGAUCAUUUUACCACCCUAUUGCGGCAGCUAUGAUCGAGAAGGAUAUUUUAAAAGAGUAAUCAUAAUUAAGAUAUCGUAAUUUAUUUAUUACUUAAUUGUAAUUUAUACAAAUAAAUAUUUAUAUUAUAUUUAAAU